AUGUCGAGUGCGGUGGACGCGACGGGGAACCCGAUCCCUACUUCUGCGGUGUUGACGGCGUCGGCGAAGCAUAUAGGCAUGAGGUGUAUGCCGGAGAACGUAGCGUUCCUCAAAUGUAAGAAGAAUGAUCCAAACCCCGAGAAAUGUCUCGACAAGGGUCGUGAGGUCACUCGCUGCGUGCUUGGCUUGCUGAAGGACCUUCACCAGAAGUGCCAAAAGGAGAUGGAUGAUUAUGUUGGAUGUAUGUAUUACUACACGAACGAGUUUGAUCUGUGUAGGAAAGAGCAAGAAGCGUUCGAGAAAGUGUGUCCCCUCAAAUGA